GCCGACAAUUUUCAUUUCGGGAUGGAUAAGCAAUCGGCAAGAGGCAAAAGUGGAGCAGAUCAAGGGAUUGCAAAGAUUAAGGAGGCAAAAGCUAAUCAUCAGAAGAGUGUUAAAGAUGGAGAUAAAAGGCAUGGUGUAAAUCAGAAGGUUGUUAAAGACACAGAUAGAGAUUGCAAUGUAAGGAAAAGAAAGGCUAAAGAUGGUAAUGAAGGCAAAACCAGGGAGAAAAGAAGUGCUAUAGAUGAACAGAAACACAGAGAGCUUGACGGAGAUGGGGCAAGCAAGAACUAUAUUCAUGAUCUAAUGGACUUGGCUCAUCUUAAUGGGAACAAGUUCACUUCUGAUGAUUUCAAGAAAAGGAAAGGCUUAAACGCUAACAGUUCUCUACAUGAUCAUCAAAGUAUGCCAAUGACUAAGAUGCCAAGGACGUCUCCUGCCAAUCAUCUUUGUGUGAAUGGGGAAAUGUUGAAGCAUUCUCAAGGAACUGCGCCUACAUUACCAGUGGGCACAAACCCUCGUGAGGCAGGCAUGCUUGAAGAUAGCAAGGAAUGCAUCAAAAAUGGCAUGACCGGCCUCCUCAACCUAGAGGAACACAAUUCUGCAGUCUCUCCAUCCAGCUAUGGCAGCAGUGAAGUCUCUCUGACGCCAGCUCACCCUGAUACCAAGUAUCUGAGCCAUGUGUACUCCGUACCAGCGGCCGACGACCGCUCAGAGUACAUUGAUCAAGACUGGCUGUUUUCGGGAGACCGUGUUCACCAGAAAACAACGAUGCUUGAGGCCGCAGAAGCACCCCAGGUCUGGGCUGAAGCACAGCUGAUCGAUUCUGCUGAUGUAGUUGCUCUGCCUUAUGUUGUUCCUUUGUAAUGUGAAACUCCUCCUUCAUAGUUUUGGGCUAUGAUCAGGAAGCGCAGAAGAUAGGAUUCACUUAUUCGUUUUGCUGUCAUGCCAGCAUGGUUUUGUUGGCGAGAUUUCUGGCCACUAAACUGCUAGUGACACUAGUUGAGGUUUUAUUGUCUGUAAGGUUGUGCUGCAUAUCAGAUGAUACGACGGCCAACGGGCACACUUGAGAUUCUGUACAUGAAGCGUUUUGAUUCA